AUGGAGACCGCCAAGCUCAGCCCCAUCAUCCGGGAUGUCUACGCAGCCACCGGCCGCGUCCAGCAGGCACCGGCCCCCGCGGCGCGGAGGGGCAGCGGCUGCCGGGAGCUCAUGGUCAAGCUGAUGGAGGGGCAGUACGUGCUGUGCCGCUGGACUGAUGGGCUCUAUUACCUCGGGAAGAUCAAAAGGGUGAGCAGCUCCAAGCAGAGCUGCCUCGUCACAUUCGAGGACAACUCCAAGUACUGGGUCCUCUGGAAGGACAUCCAGCAUGCCGGUGUCCCCGGGGAGGAGCCCAAGUGCAACGUCUGCCUGGAAAAGACGUCGGGCCCCAUGAACGAAAUCCUGAUCUGCGGGAAGUGCGGGCUGGGUUAUCAUCAGCAGUGCCACGUCCCGGUGGCCAGCGGUGGCGAGGGCCCCCUGGGGACACCGUGGUUCUGCCGCCGCUGCAUCUUCGCCCUGGCCGUGCGGAAGGGGGGUGCCCUGAAGAAGGGAGCCAUCGCCAGGACACUGCAAGCUGUCAAGAUGGUGCUGUCCUACAACCCCGACCUGCUGGAGUGGGACUCCCCACACCGCACCAACCAGCAGCAGUGCUACUGCUACUGCGGGGGCCCUGGCGAGUGGUACCUGAAGAUGCUGCAGUGCCACCGCUGCCGGCAGUGGUUCCACGAAGCCUGCACCCAGUGCCUCAGUGACCCCAUGAUGUUUGGAGACAGGUUCUAUGUAUUUUUCUGCUCCGUAUGCAACCAGGGACCUGAGUACAUCAAGCGCCUGCCCUUGAGAUGGGUGGAUGUUGUCCAUCUAGCCCUCUACAACCUGGGCGUACAGAGCAAGAAGAAGUACUUUGACUUCGAGGAGAUCUUGGCCUUUGUGAACCACCACUGGGAUCCGCUGCAGCUCGGGAAGCUGACGGGCACCCCGGUCUCCGAGCGCGGCCCCCACCUCCUCAACGCACUCAACAGCUAUAAGAGCAGGUUUCUGUGUGGGAAGGAAAUCAAAAAGAAGAAAUGCAUCUUUCGCCUGCGGAUCCGCGUCCCGCCGACCCCCCCCAGCAAGGUGCUGCCGGAGAAAGCCCCCGACGGGGGCGAGAGCAGCUCCUGUGAGCUGAAGAAGAAGGGGAAAAGCAAGUAUGUCCAUAAAGACAGCCUGCUCCCGCGGCAGCUCCAGCAGCAGAAGCGACGAGCGGCGCGGCGCAAGAGGGCCAAGUUCCUGCUGGAAGAUGCCAUUCCCAGUAGUGACUUCACCUCUGCCUGGAGCACCAACCACCACCUGGCCAGCAUCUUUGACUUCACACUGGAUGAAAUUCAGAGCCUGAAAAGUGCCAGCUCGGGACAGACUUUCCUAUCGGAUGUGGACUCCACGGAUGCCACCAGCACCUCAGGCUCAGCCACCACCAGCCUCUCUUACGAGUCCAGCUGGAGGACCGUGGGCAGCCGCAAGCGCAAGCUGGCAGCACCAGCCUUCUGCUCCGCGGGGGCCAGGAGGAGAGGAGGGGAAGGGGCGGGUGGGCGCCCUGCAGGGGGCACCCCCGAGGGUCCCGACCGCCCGGACGACGGCAUCGACAGCCACACCUUGGAGAGCAUCAGCGAGGACGACUCCUCGCUCUCCCACCUCAAGUCCUCCAUCAGCAGCUACUUCGGGGCGGCGGGCAGGCUGGUCUGCGGGGAGAAGUACCAGGUGCUGGCGCGGCGGGUGACGCUGGAGGGGAAGGUGCAGUACCUGGUGGAGUGGGAAGGCACGACCCCCUACUGAGACCUGCCGGCCCCCACACCUCUCCUGGAGCCGAACCAGAGACUGGGGUGAGGGGGAAGCCCUGGCCGUGAAGCAGAGGAGGGUCGCUGGCCAGCGGGGAGGGCUGGACCCUCCAUGCUCGGGGGUCCUGGUUGGCUUCCCGGGAAUGGCCACAGGUGGAGGCAGCACCUGACCUGGCACCAGCAGCUGCCCAGGGGCAAAACCCACAACCUUGCCCCUGGCUUGUUUGGGUUUUUUAUGUUAACAAUUUUUAUUUUGUCAGCUGUGUAUAUGCAGAGAGCGUGGCCUGGCUGUGCUUCUCUGAUGCAGCUUUUGGCCAAGCCCGAGGCACCAUCACGGUGGUGGUAAGAGCAGUGAGCAGGUUCAGCCUUUCCAGAAGGGUCCCCCCAGCAUGGCUGGGCACCCUUACACAGAUGGACUUUGAGGUGCACCCCAACUCAUCCCCACAUCCAAGCCUUGCAGAGCAGACUUGAGGGGUCCUGCGGCUAAAGCCAAAAGCAGCCCCCUCACCACGCUCUCACAGCCCCUCCCUGUGCCCACAGGAGACAGUGGGAUGCAGGGGGUUUCCUCCAUUCCUUAAAGGAAUGUGGUUUGUUUCAAACGAGGGGGAAAUGCCCCAUUAACAGCCCAUGUUUUUCUGGCUGCCAGGCAGACUUUCUUGCUCUGGUCCCACAACCUGGAUGGCAUGUGGGGAUGUACCAGCUUCAGUUCCCUCUGCUGACAAUCAUGAUCUUAGAAGAGAUCAGCCAAAAGUUACACCCUUGCCUUAAAACCACUGUGGGCAUUUCACAGACUGGAGCCCAAGGCCUUUAUUCCUGCAGGAAUCCUAAUCCUGAAUGUGCCAAACAAGCAGACAAACCAAAAAGGCUGAGGAGGACAGCGGGGACAUGGGGAGGGGGUCUCUGUGGCCAUCCCCAUGGCCUUGUGGUUGUGCCUCACUGGAGGGCAGCUACACCUUCUGUUACUGGAGUAAUGUUGAGUUUUGUGAGUGCCUGGGGUUGGUUUGUCUGCAGAAGAGAAGGGAAGCCCCUCCUUUACCUAAAGCAAUAACUGCAGGGGUGUUCAGGAGCAAAGCAGUUGUCUUUUUUUAAAACAAAUCUGAUAGCAUCAGACUUAUCUGUUAGAUUUUCUUCUGACAGAGCUCUCUCUAUUUUUAGUGGUGUCCUUGUCUGUCCCCCAGCACUGCCAUGGCUGUCCUGUGGGGACAGAGGGUGGGUCAUGCUGGGGGGUUUAUUCCUGUGGGAUGUGCCAAUGGACAUUGCACUCACAGUGGGAGCACCCACAAUGUGUGGCCCUAGUUCCUCUCCCUCUCUGUUCCCUCUGUGGCCUCUUGCAGAGAAUUGAAAGUGGAGCCUUUAAAAGUAUUUUUUGUUGCAGAGUAUAUUUUGUAUUAGCUGUAAUAGAUACUAUAAUGACUCUGUGCACCUUCUAAAGAUUUAUGAGUUCAGGUUGCUGCUUGUAAUAACCAACUCUUGUUAUACCCAAGUUGUAAUUAAUGUCUGAUGUACAAUUAAAAAGUUGUUGGGUUUUUUUACACAUCACUGGUUCUUUGUAGUGUCAGGAUUAUUUGGUUUGGGCAGCAAGGUCAAGGUUUGCUCCCAGGCAGGCAGCUGGUGCAGCUGGGUUGUGCUCCCAGGCAGACUGGGAUGUGCCCUUGCCCAGAGAGAUG